AUGCAAAACCAUCAAUAACAACUGAAAAAUUUCAAUUCAACUAAAACUAAUAAGCCACCCAUUGAUAACAGAUUCUCAAGAAAUAUUUAUGAAUUAUCAGCUGAUAAAUCCUCAAUUAACAAAUCUUUUAAUGAAAAAAAAAAAUCUGUUCCAAAAGCAAAUGCUAUUUUAGAACUAUUCUACAAAAGAUAAAAUUCUUAAGAAUAAUUAUUUAACAGAACUUCAAGUCCAAAAUCUUAACAUGACAAUACAAGUAUAAAUAAAUCUUAACGAUCUAUUUCUCCUCAAAUGCUUUACGAAACUCCUUAAGUGAUCAAGAAAAUCUUUUAACAAAUUCAUCCUAAACUCGAUUAAUAAAAAUUAUAACAAAAUAACAAAAAUAAAGAUACUUUAAAAUAAAAGACAGAAGAAUCAAAAUCUCAUAAAAUUGAAUCAACCAGUUCCACUAUUAAUGAUUCUGAUGAAUAAAUAUCAAAUUUAAUCAAUCAAGAAGAAAUUGUAUUCACAAUUAUGGCAGUAAUUAGUAGAAAAAAAAAAGUCAUUAAUUAAUGCCAAAAUUAUCUAAAUCGAAUUUCUCACUUCAUUAUAGAAGAAAAAGAUAAAGUUACUUAACAAAUUCUUUCCAAAUAAAUCCAUCUAGAAAGAAUAGGCAUCCUAGUCAUUUUAUAUAAAGCCUUAUCUGAUACAUUUGAAGAAGAUUAAUAGAAUUUAAAAAAUCUUUUAUUUUACAUACACAACAGUAUGAUUUUACAUCUUGAAUUUAUAAAUUAAUCAAACUCUAUUUCCUAGUCUCAAAGAGCCUUAAUAUAAGCUAGAUUAAAUAAAGUUAAACCAUAAAAAAACUGUUCAAAUUUAGAUAUAAAUUUAAUCCGUAAAAAUAGUAAUGUCGUUUAUUCGCUCUUAGUAUUAUUGUAUAUAUUUUAUAUAAAUUAUUUUAGUAUUGAGAAUUCAAAUGAUAAUAAACUUAAUUCAUUGGAGAAAAACUUAACAAACAUUGAUCGACUAACUUUGCAUCAGGGUACUGAAUUUAUAAGACAAGAAUAUCAAAAAAUAGUAUAAUUAUAAUAAUAAUGUAGUUGGUUCAUAUUCAAUAGUUAAGAUUAACCAUGGAUUCAUAAGACUUUUAAUUUGAUUAUGAAGAAGUUAUAGAUUGUUAAUAGAUACCUUACUUAUCUAAGACAAAUAAAUAUACUUUAAUCUUAGAUUUAGAUGAAACAUUAGUUCAUUAUUAAGAAGUAAAAAUUUAUUUUUUAUAUAGUUAUUAGAUGAGGGUCAAUUCUUAGUUAGACCUUAUGCACAACAAUUUUUGAAAGAGAUGUCUAAAUUUUAUGAGAUUGUUAUUUUUACAGCAGCACAAUAAGAUUAUGCAGAUUUCAUUUUAGAUCUUAUUGAUGAAGAUAAAGUUAUAUCUCAUAGAUUAUACAGAUAACAUACAACUCUUGUCAAAAAUACAUAUGUAAAAGAUAUUGAGAAGAUUGGAAGAGAUAUUAAGAAAACAAUAAUAAUAGACAAUUUGGCUGAAAAUUUCUAAUUUCAACCUGAUAAUGGAAUACAAAUAUAAAGUUGGUAUGGAGAUUCAGAUGAUCAAGCUUUAUUGUUGUUGUCUCCAUUAUUAAUUUAAAUUGUUUAAAAGAAAAUUCUUGAUGUAAGGGAUGCUUUGAGGAAGUUUAGAGAUCAAAUGUAAAGAAACAUAGAAGCUGGCAUAUCAGAUCCUCAUUUACAUUUAAGUUUAGACUGAAAG